GCAUUAGUGCGCUGCGGUUCUGAGUGUUACCUCAGCGUCCCUCCCCCCUUGUCAUGCGAUGGUUCCGCCCACGUUAGCCCCGGCAGACAGCGCGCCCUCUGGUGGCUUUACCGUAACAGUGAGUAGGGCAAGAGCUGGGACUCCCCGUGACUGCUCCGCUCCACUCUGCUGAGCUCCAGAGCUGGUUCUCCCAGCCGCCGGUGUGUGUGUGAUUCUGCGCACACUGACACCCGGAGCCCUGUCAUUCUGCACAGUGAGCAGUCGGGAGAGAGUCCGGCGGAGAGCAGAGCCCGACUCCGGCAUGGCUUCAGGAGACCUAUACGAGGUUGAAAGAAUUGUUGACAAAAGAAAGAAUAAAAAAGGGAAGUGGGAGUACUUAAUUCGCUGGAAAGGAUAUGGCAGUAAUGAGGACACGUGGGAGCCAGAGCAUCACCUUCUACACUGUGAGGAAUUCAUUGAUAACUUUAAUGGACUCGAUGUGUCCAGAUCAAAAAAGACUAAAGGUGGAAAACCAACCAUUGUUGCAAAGCUUUUAGGAGGAUCUUCUUUACAGAAAAUGGCGAUAAGACCACCAGAGAAUGUGAGGUCAAAAGGUACAUCUCAGAGACGUAGGCAAAUACACUCCUUUUCAAAGCAGAAGAAGGUGUGCACAGCUAAAUAUUCUCCUGGGGACAGAGCUACAAAGACAGUUACUUAUAGAACUACUCCAAGCGGACUGCAAAUAAUGCCACUGAAAAAAACUGUAGAGAAUGGAGAUUCUGACAAUCACAAAGAAUCAAAGCAUUUUGAAAAUGCCUCUGAGCCCUGCAAAACUGACAAUGAUGACAAAAGGAAGCAAGACUUGGCACAUGGUUUAGAAGCACACAGUUCACCUAUUAUAAAUGGAAUAGGAGAAAGCUUGACUAAUGGAGAAUUGAAUCCCCACAGCCCAGUUAAGAGAAAGUUAGAUGUGGAAAAAGACUAUGUGUUUGAUAAAAGAUUAAGAUACAGUGUCCGCCAGAAUGAAAGUAACGGUCGAUUCCGGGACAUUGUGGUGAGGAAAGAAGAUGGUUUUACGCACAUUCUUUUGUCCAGUCAAACAUCAGACAACAAUGCAUUAACACCAGAUAUCAUGAAGGAAGUCCAAAGGGCUCUAUGCAAUGCUUCAUCGGAUGACAGCAAGCUACUGCUUCUUAGCGCUGUCGGCAGUGUAUUCUGUAGUGGCUUAGAUUAUUCAUAUCUUAUUGGAAGAUUAUCUGCAGACAGGAGAAAGGAGAGCUCAAGAAUUGCAGAGGCUAUAAGGGACUUUGUCAAGGCCUUUAUCCAGUUCAAGAAGCCUAUCGUGGUGGCUAUCAAUGGACCAGCACUUGGCUUAGGGGCAUCUAUUUUACCUCUAUGUGAUAUAGUUUGGGCGAGUGAGAAAGCCUGGUUUCAAACUCCUUAUGCCACCAUCCGCCUGACCCCUGCUGGUUGUUCAUCAUAUACAUUUCCUCAGAUUCUAGGUGUCGCUCUGGCAAAUGAAAUGUUAUUUUGUGGACGGAAGCUGACCGCACAAGAAGCCUGCAGCAGAGGACUUGUGUCGCAGGUGUUUUGGCCCACAACUUUUAGUCAAGAGGUGAUGUUGCGAGUCAAAGAAAUGGCUGCUUGCAGUGGAGUGGUUCUAGAAGAAUCGAAAUGCCUAGUCAGAAGUUUUCUGAAGUCUGUAUUGGAAGAUGUUAAUGAGCGAGAAUGCCAGAUGCUCAAGCAGCUAUGGAGCUCACCCAAAGGCUUAGACUCCUUAUUCAGCUACCUUCAGGACAAGAUUUACGAAGUCUGAUUAUGUUCUGUCAAUAAAGUGGUUUUCACUUCUACCUUCAAAUCUCUGGCUACCUUGAAAGUUGUUUGGGACAGGACAGUGUCUUUAUAUGCCCAAAAUU